AAUAGACAAACAGGCCGUUUCAAAGCCCGAGUACCUUUCCUUUCCCCCGGCGUCUUCUGUUUCUUACUUUCUUCUCUCUCUCUCUCUGCCUCUCUCAUUUCGCUUCGGCAAUUCAACGAACACUUUGCAACACCGUCGCAGAUUCCUCUCUCUCUCCCGCCUCGCUGUGACCUCGUCGAGAUCGCUACCACGGGAGUGGAGGGAGAGAAGUUGAGGGGCGAUGGCGCAUAAAGUGGAUCAUGAGUACGACUAUCUGUUCAAGAUCGUGCUGAUCGGCGACUCUGGGGUCGGGAAAUCCAACAUUCUCUCGAGGUUUACCAGGAACGAGUUCUGCUUGGAGUCCAAAUCCACCAUUGGAGUCGAGUUCGCUACCAGAACUCUUCAGGUAGAGGGGAAGACAGUCAAGGCACAGAUAUGGGAUACUGCAGGGCAGGAAAGGUAUCGAGCUAUUACCAGCGCUUACUAUCGGGGAGCAGUAGGUGCCCUCCUUGUAUAUGACAUCACUAAGAGGAAAACCUUUGACAAUGUCCAGAGGUGGCUCCGAGAACUGAGGGACCAUGCAGAUUCCAACAUUGUUGUCAUGAUGGUUGGAAACAAGUCCGACUUAAACCAUCUCAGAGCUGUUUUGGAGCCGGAUGGUCAGGCCUUGGCUGAGAAGGAAGGACUUUCAUUUCUUGAGACAUCAGCACUGGAAGCAUUCAACGUUGACAAGGCAUUCCAAACCAUUUUGACAGAGAUAUACCACAUCAUAAGCAAGAAAGCAUUAGCAGCCCAGGAAGCAGCUGCGACCACUGCACUUCCCGGUCAGGGUAUGACCAUCAAUGUCAGUGAUUCAACGGGGAGUACAAAGAGGGGUUGCUGUUCUAAUUAGUCGACACAGUGAGGAAUGAUAGAUUUGGUAGCAAGGACAAAUGUUUGUUUCUUGUUUGAAUAUUUUCUUUUCCUUCUUCCCCGUUUUGGUUAAGAAAGAGACUUGUAGAUUAUUUUCUUUCUUCUUCAGAGUUGUGAUGAAAAGGAAACUUGAAAUUAAAAAUAUGGCUGCCUCUUUAGGAGGAAUUUCCUCUUCCUUGUACUACAUUCUGUAACCGUUUCCUAUACACUGGACACGAACAGAUACUAGAGGAAGUGCUGUGAAGCUGAGGUAAUGUGAAUACCUCAAUUGGAAAAAUUACAAAAGAAGAGGCAUUGUAAGUGUAUUGUUGGGUUACUAAUGUAAUGAAAGCCAUGGCCCGUUCCAGACAUUGUUGGUCACUUAAGGUUCACCUACUGAUCGGAAUGAAACUUCAAAUUGCAGCU